AUGGCUAUAAAGCAAAGCAAAUGCGUAAUACAAGCUUUUUACGUAUGGGCAAUUCGUAUUACGGCUUUAUACGGCCCGGGAAAAGCGAUAGCUUUCCGCUACAAGCCUUUUUCGAUACGUAUUUGUUUAAUUAAUAAACGGCAAUUAAAAAAAGUAAUUUUGGCCAUUAUCCGGUUUACGAAAUAA